CACCCACAUCACACCUCUCUAUCCACCAUAUCCCAUACCCAUCAAUAGCCUAUCCAUCACGGUUGCCUUCACCACUUCCAUCUCCCACAGUGAACGGAAAUCCGACACACCCAAGUCUCUUUAUUAUAUUCAUCCAAGAUGGGAGACGUAGCUGUUCAGAAGCGCCCCGCUAUACUACCCUUGACCGAUCCAUCUUAUGGCACCCUAGACGGCUCCUUAGGGGAUAACAAUGAUUACGCAAAACUCAAGAGGCUUCAGCGGCAUCUAGAGUACAUUACUUUGCAAGAGGAGUAUAUCAAAGAUGAGCAGCGAAGUUUGAAGCGAGAGCUCGUUAGGGCGCAGGAGGAGAUUAAGCGGAUCCAGAGUGUUCCGUUGGUAAUUGGACAGUUCAUGGAGGCGAUCGAUCAGAAUACCGGAAUUGUCCAAAGCUCAACCGGAUCGAACUUUGUUGUGCGCAUAUUAUCCACCCUUGAUCGGGAGCUUCUUAAGCCUUCAUCGUCUGUCGCUUUGCACAGACAUUCGAACUCCCUCGUUGACAUUCUUCCCCCGGAGGCAGACUCGUCGAUUGCUAUGCUGGGAGCUCACGAGAAGCCCGAUGUCACCUACGCUGAUGUUGGAGGGUUGGAUAUGCAAAAACAGGAGAUCCGCGAGGCUGUUGAGCUUCCUCUCACGCACUUUGAUCUUUACAAGCAGAUUGGAAUCGAUCCUCCGCGAGGUGUUCUGUUAUACGGCCCACCUGGAACGGGAAAAACCAUGUUGGUAAAGGCUGUCGCUAAUAGUACUACGGCAUCCUUUAUCCGUGUGGUCGGUUCUGAGUUCGUCCAAAAAUACCUUGGUGAAGGUCCUCGAAUGGUUCGUGAUGUUUUCCGCAUGGCUAGGGAGAACUCCCCUGCUAUUAUCUUCAUCGAUGAGAUUGAUGCCAUCGCGACAAAGCGUUUUGAUGCGCAAACUGGUGCCGACCGUGAAGUGCAGCGUAUCUUGCUGGAGCUACUAAAUCAGAUGGAUGGGUUUGACCAAACUUCGAACGUAAAGGUUAUUAUGGCUACCAAUCGUGCUGAUACUCUCGAUCCUGCUCUCCUCAGACCCGGUCGUCUAGAUCGUAAAAUCGAGUUCCCGUCGCUCCGUGACCGUCGUGAGAGGCGUCUUAUCUUCACCACCAUCGCUUCUAAGAUGUCACUCUCUCCCGAGGUUGAUCUGGAUUCACUGAUUAUUCGGAAUGAUCCCCUUUCAGGAGCCAUCAUUGCUGCCAUCAUGCAGGAGGCUGGCCUGAGAGCAGUAAGAAAGAAUAGGUACAACAUUAUUCAGGCCGAUUUGGAAGAUGCAUACAGUAGCCAGGUCAAGGGUGGCAAUGAGGCGGAUAAGUUUGAAUUCUAUCGUUAA